GGCAGAGGGGUAGGAGAGAGAGGUGGAACACGAUGUGAGCAGAGGUAUUUCCUCGCUCUCGCUCUCUCCUUUCUUUCUCUCGCUGACACGCACACACACCACAGCACAGAGCCUGGCUGUGAUUUACACUUACCCAGCGGAGCGCUUCAAGGAGGACUGUGCAGGUUCUCGGACCCUGGCCUUGUGCGGAGUCAUGGGACCGUAGAGAAGAGCACCUCGCGCGAACACACCACGGAGGAGCUAAGCAAACAUACACCGGGGCACCACGAACCAUGGGAGAGCGCACACGUUCGUAAACUUGGAGCAACUCUUGACCCCCCACACUCGGAUUACUUGCGUUUAGAACACAGUGUUUUCACUGAAAAAGGGAUUGCAUUAUUUUUUUUCUAUAGUUUUUUGUACACCAGGCUGUUCUUGUGAUCAUGGACAGCUCGACGAGGUGCUUUUAUCGGGGAUUCUGGAGAUGGCUCACGAUCUGCGCCCUCUUUCUCUGCCUCGCGUCUUUGUGCGCACAUGGGGACUCCUUUGGAACCAACAUCACUGAGCUGAAGAGCCAGGCCAACUCAACAUCCCUUUCUGCACUCAGGGCUGCCCGCAGACCUCGGGGUUGGGAGGAAGGAGGAAGCGGCAUGAUGGCUGGGGCCCUGCCAGGCCCUGGAGAUUCUGGCAUCAACCAUGGCUCUGUAGAGGAUUAUGGUCUGCUAGAUGCCACGCGUGCAGAACCCGGGAUCAGCCUGUCCACUGUUCCACCACCCCACUCCUCGUCUCCUAUACCAGUGGAUUCCAAAGAGGAGGUGUACACUCAAAGCCCCAAAGCAGAAUUGGAUGCGCCUGUGUUGAACUUCGACCGGCACCGCAUUCUGGAGCCACCAGAACCCCCAUCUGUGUUGGCCCCACCUCAUCCAGAGGUCCUCACUGUGGACUACUUCGACUCUGGUUCACGUCACCGGGAGCUCCAGCCACCAUCCCGAGAGCCGGCUGAACAUGAGCUGCAAGGUGCCAACCCCACAUCUUGGACACUGGAGAAUUUUUACGACUACCCUGAGGAGGGCUACUCCACUACAGAGGUCUACCCUGAUGAGGACCUGGUUGCCACCACCGACAUGGAAGAUGAGAAUGGUGUGGUGAUUGAUGCAACCCUUGCAUCAGUGCCGUUCAAUCCUCGUCUCCCAGGUUCCUUUUCCUUUGGUGACAUGGUGACUAGUGGAGCAGAGGAAGAUGAGGAGCCUCCGGUACCCCCGGGGGUCUUGGGCUCUGUUAACGGCUCCAAUUGCCAGCCAGGCUACGUGCGAAGCAACACCACAUGCCGCUCCCCCUGUGAGCUGUACCCCACCUACUGCCUCAACGGGGGCCAGUGCUACCUUGUCGAGGGCAUGGGAGUCUUCUGCAGGUGCAAUGUUCAGGACUACAUCUGGCACAAAGGCUCCAGGUGCGAGUCAAUUAUCACGGAAUUCCAGGUGCUAUGUAUUGCUGUGGGUGCGGCUGCAUUCAUGGUGCUGCUGCUUCUCAUGAUCACGGUCUUCUUCGGCAAGAAGCUGCACGUGCUCAAGACUGAGAACAACCGGCUGCGCAAGCGCAGCAGUAAGUACCGUCCCACGUCGGAGCAGCACAAUGAUAAUUUCUCACUGUCCACCAUCGCUGAGGGCUCCCACCCAAAUGUAAGGAAACUUUGUGAGACCCCUCCAACCCUCCCUCAUGCCCGUGCUUUGGCUUACUAUGAUAACAUUAUCUGUCAGGAUGAUCCUAAUAUCCAGAACAAGCUGGAGGACCCCGUGAAGGCCCCCCCGCCCAUUGAGGAUGAGCCCCUCAACAUCCAGAACUCACUCACCCCCAAACAUGAGAACAAGGUGGUGGGCGAGGAGAACUCCUCAGAUGUAAACUCGCUGCAGAACAACAUGAUGUAGCACCGACCUCUGACCACAUGGUGGCACUGUCGCUACCACCACCCACCCUGACCCUUCCCCACCCAGCAACCACGUCACGUCGUCUCGGAAACCCCUGGCCCUCGUCCCUGUGCUGCUGUGGCCUGCCCUACAGCCUUGACCUCGCACUCUCCCCUGCCUUAUUGCGUAAUGGCAUGCGUUGGUGUAUUUUGUACAGAAGAAAAAUGCAAAGAAAAAAGUUAGAGAAAAAAAGCAGCAGUUUUAAACAAAUGUUCCUGCAAGGUUUUGAUGUUUGACUAAUUCUGUGAGUAUGUAUAGGUAUCUGGAACAAACUUGGAUUGAUAUAAAAAA